UCCGAAAGGCUUACAAUUCAUAUUUUCAUGUAGCACAGGGAGGCAGGUAGUUAGUUAGUUGCCUGCAAGUAAAUUGCUUUUCAAUUUAUGAACAACACUUGCAAUUAAGAAGGCCCGCUCUGAUGAUUCGACUUCUUUAAAAGGCCACCAUGAAUCUGCUCUUCUCCUCCGCGGCCAGCUGUCUUCCAAAUGUUCCACUAGACGUAUUUUCACACAGCAAUUUUCAGACUAGCACAAGUGCCGGGCGGCAGGAGGAGGAGCAGCAGCAGCAGCAGCAGCCGCAUCAGGAGAGGAAAAAUGGAAAAAGAAAAACAAAAUAUUAUCAAACAUGGUACAGUCAGCAUACAAGGACUCGCACACCAGCUGCCCGCCAUGUCCUGGCCCAAAGGACAUGGCCGAGCAGCAAGGAGGGGCGACGCAUGCACGUGAACUAUGGCCAAAACAUUCGCACACUGAGGAAAAACUCUGUGCUUCAUCCGUGCUGGUUCUGA